AUGAAUCACGAAGCAGAAAUCCUAAAGUCAGUCCAGAUAGGUUUAGAUGUCUGCAUAUUUCUUCUCAACACUGAUCGUGGCCUAAAAGCGACUGAGUUAUGCAAUGAAUGUACAACUCUACUUCAAAACCUUGGCACUGGUAUUCAGCUUGAUAUCUCCCAUGUAAUAUUCAAUGCUUACUUCGCCAUCUCUGGUUACGCAAAUGCAGAAAGAUACACUAAUAAACUUCUUGAAACGCUCCUCAACGUCGGAAUACUAACAACACAACUGGGAGACAAAUAUGAAGCACAAAACCGGUUUGUAGAGGCAAAGCAACUUUUUAAAAGCGCACUCGCCAUCUGGAAAACGGCUGGUGGAAAAAAGGGAGAAGCUGAGGUUCAUGAAAGACUUGGAAAUGUAGGUUACUACCUAUCUGAAAUGCAGAAGGCAAAAAAACACUACCAGAUAGCACUUGCCAUCGCAACAGAAAUUGGCGACAGACAAGGUCAAGGAAGAAGUAACGGGAGCCUCGGAGCUGUGCUUGAUUCCCUUGGCGAAUAUCACAAGGCUAAAGAAUAUCACGAGAAAGCACUUGCCAUCGCGAUAGAAAUUGGUGACAGACAAGGUGAAGGAAGAAGCAACGGGGGCCUUGGAUCUGUUUUUCAAUCUCUUGGCGAAUAUCAAAAGGCUAAAGAAUAUCACGAGAAAGCACUUACCAACGCGAUAGAAAUUGGCGACAAACGAGGAGAAGGAACAAGGAAUGGGAAUCUCGGAGCUGUGUUUUAUUCCCUUGGCGACUAUCAGAAAGCUAAAGAAAAUUACGAGAAAGCACUUACCAUCGCAAUAGAAAUUGGCGACAGACGAGGAGAAGGAACAAGUAACUUGCAUCUCGGAAAUGUGUUUAUUUCCCUUGGCAAAUAUCAGAAGGCUAAAGAAUAUCACGAGAAAGCAGUUGCCAUCGCUAUAGAAGUUGGCGACAAACGAGGAGAAGGAAGUAGUAACGGGAGCCUCGGAAAUGUGUUUGAUUGGCUUGGCGAAUAUCAGAAGGCUAAAGAAUAUCACGAGAAGGCACUUGCCAUCGCGAUAGAAAUUGGUGACAGACAAGGUGAAGGAAGAAGCAACGGGGACCUUGGAACUGUUUUUCAAUCUCUUGGCGAAUAUCAAAAGGCUAAAGAAUAUCACGAGAAAGCACUUACCAUCGCGAUAGAAAUUGGCGACAAACGAGGAGAAGGAACAAGGAAUGGGAAUCUCGGAGCUGUGUUUUAUUCCCUAAGCGACUAUCAGAAGGCUAAAGAAUAUUACGAGAAAGCACUUGCCAUCGCGAUAGAAAUUGGCGACAGAAAAGGCGAAGGAACAAUUCACGGGAACCUUGGAGCUGUGUUUGAUUCCCUUAGCGAAUAUCAUCUGGCUAAAGAAUAUCACGAGAAAGCACUUGCCAUCGCGAUAGAAAUUGGUGACAAACCAGGAGAAGCAGCAAGAUACGGGAACCUCGGAGCUGUGUUUGAUUCCCGGGGCGAAUAUCAGAAGGCUAUAGAAUAUUACGAGAAAGCACUUGCCAUUGCAACAGAAAUUGGCGACACACGAGGAGAAGGAACAGUUAACGGGAGCCUUGGAGCUGUGUUUGGUUCCAUUAACGAAUAUCAGAAGGCUAAAGAAUAUCUUGAGAAAGCUCUUGCCAUCUCGAUAGAAAUUGGGGACAAACGAGAAGAAGGAAACAUUAACGGGAACCUCGGAGCUGUGUAUCAAUCCCUCGGAGAAUAUAAGAAGGCAAAAGAAUAUCACAAGAAAGCACUUGCCAUCGCGAUAGAAAUUGGUAACAGAAUAGGAGAAGGCUCGAUAUACUCGAAACUUGGAGCUGUCUUUGCUUCUGUUAAUGACUAUCAGAAGACAAAAGAACAUUGUGAGAAGGCGCUUACCAUCAGCAGAGAAUGUGGCAAUAGAAAGUUGGAAGCAGAAAUUUACCUAAACCUUGGAAAUCUAUACCUUUCGCUUGGUGAAAGUGGCAAGGCAGAAGACUACUUAGAGAAAGCUUGUUCCAUAAGCAGCCAGUUUGGAUAUAAGAUGACUCAGUUUCAAAGCCUUCUUGGUAUUACACAGUUAAAGAUAUCACAGUCGGAGGUUGUGGAGGCAAACCAAUGUCUUCUUCAAUGUAUCGGCAAAUAUGAACAAAUCAGGACUUUUCUGAAAGGAAACAGUGAAUUUAAAAUGUCUCUGUUAGAAGAACAUGGUACUUUUCCCUACCAGUUACUCACUAACUUGCUAUGCCGUAUUGGAAAAUUUCGAGAUGCUCUUUAUGCUGAGGAGCUGGUACGGGCAAGAGUCCUCGCUGAAUUCAUGGCAGAUAAGUACUCCCUGGAAAGCCACUUCACAGCUGAUCCACAAUCAUGGUUCGGGAUUGAAAACAUCAUGAAGAGAGAAAGAAACUGUGUUUGUUUGUUCCUUUCAUAUAGAGAACGGCAAGUUCUUCUCUGGGUAUUGAAAGCAAAUGGAGACAUUUUCUUCCGAGCAACAGAUGAAGCGGAAGUUGACACCCUAAUUGCUGAGAAAGUUUGCGACGUGGAAGGAGUUUUCAAAAAGAGCGCCGCCGGCUUUGGAGUUUUACCCGCAGCAAAUUGCGAAGAUCGAUCAUUGAAUGACGACGUGACGACAUCUCUUCAUGAAGAGAGCCGGGCAAAUUUGCGAGGUGACGAAACUAAAGAUACCGAAAGAACUCAUCAAUUGUGCUACAAAUGGAUCGUCGCACCUGUGGCAGAUUUACUUACUGAGCCUGAAAUCAUCAUUGUGCCCGAUCGAUUCUUGUAUCGAGUCCCAUUUGCUGCCUUGUGUGAUGAACCAGUCGGAAAGUAUUUAUCGGAGAAGUACAGAAUACGCAUCGUCCCUUCUCUAACGACUCUGCGGCUCAUCCAAGAAUGUCCUGCGGACUAUCACAGUCUUACUGGCGCACUGGUUGUUGGUGAUCCUACGGUUGGCAAAGUGCAUUACAAUGGACGUCUUACUGACAUUACACCAUUGUUUCAUGCAAAUAAGGAAGCAGAGAUGGUUGGUCGGCUGCUUGGCGUUCAGCCUUUGUCAGGAAGUCGCGCGACAAAGCAGGCGGUACUUCAAGCGAUACCUUCAGUGAGUCUGAUACAUCUCGCUGCUCAUGGAAAUGCCGAAAGAGGAGAGAUUGCUCUCUCUCCUCAAUCUACCACUAACGGUAUUCCCCAAGAGGAAGACUACCUCCUGACAAUGUCCGACAUUCAGGUAGUUCAGGUGCGAGCCAAACUGGUAGUACUCAGCUGUUGUCACAGUGGGCGUGGAUUGGUAAAAAAGGAAGGAAUUAUU